UCCUUCUGCCACGUCAGUGGAGCGUCGCUUCAAGCUGUCAAGAGGCAGAGUGCGUUCAGCAAACCAGCUAGAACUCAAUGGAGGAGGCUUUCUGUGCAUUGUAAAGAAUAAUUAAGUUUUCUUCCAAUUAAACAUCAUGAGACUUCCUUGUCUUUUACUUUUGGCUGUGUACAUAGCCUUUAUAAAUGCCACCGAAUUAACUUUUGAAUUGCCCGACAACGAGAAACAAUGCUUUUACGAAGACCUAGAGCAAGGAGUCAAGUUUGAUAUAGACUUUCAGGUUAUUGCUGGAGGAAACUAUGAUGUUGACUGUUUUGUGACAGAUCCAUUGAAUAACAUACUGUAUCAGGAACGAAAAAAGCAAUAUGACAGCUUUUCCCAUACAACAACCAUGAAGGGAGUGUACGAGGUCUGCUUCAGCAACGAGUUCUCCACCUUCUCUCACAAAACUGUUUACCUGGACUUCCGAUCUGGAGAGGACGACAGAUUAUUGCCUGACAUGAACAGAGCGACAGCUCUCACACAGGUGAAACACGAGCACUAUGCACUCACAUACAGCAUGCACUCUGCAUAUAUGCAUUUGAUAUGAACCUCUGAAUAAAUCAUGCAGAUGGAGUCAGGCCUGCUUGUCUAUCCAUGAGAUCCUGAAAGUGGUUUCAGACUCUCAGACCUGGUAUCGUCUUCGAGAGGCUCAGGACCGACUCAGGGCUGAAGAUCUGAAUGAGCGUGUGCACAUUUGGUCUAUUGGGGAGACCGUCAUCCUGUUUGUGGUCUGUAUUGGCCAGGUGCUUAUGCUUAAGAGUUUCUUCAAUGAGAAGAAAGCCAGUGUUGCCACCAGCACAUAGACCUAGAUCUCUAGUUUGCUGUCUUCUCUCCUUUAAGAUGAUAAACUGAUUCAUUAGUCUGGUCCCCUUAAAACAAGCAGUCUUGACUGCUGCCUACAACCAGUAAAAAAUUACCUCUGUCAAACAAAAUGCCUUAAUUACAGAGUAAUGUAGUAAAAGUUGCACACAGCUCAUUAUCUUGUGUUGUAUAUUCAAAUUGGCCUCCAUGUGCAUUGCUCACUGUUGCAGUAAUGAAAAUUGACCUGCUGAACCUUUUAUUAUGCCACAACUGACCAGAGUUGAUUGUUUUGUUAAAAAUGUAUUUUGUCCACUUGAAGCGUGCCUUUGUCAACUUCAAAUGCAUAUGUCUUGACAUACUUUAUAUAGAAAUCAAAGAAUAGUUUUGGUAGUUUUUGUAUAGUAAUUAUGACAAUAUGAUAAUGAAUGAUUAUGUUGCUGUGUUGAACCUCUAUUUUUCUAUUUAGCAAAGCCCUUGUUUGUUUAUCCCACAUUCAAAACAGAAAAAUCCAUGCAGGUCAUUUAUUUAUAUGCAUAGAUAUAUCUGAAAUGCUUAUUAAAAUUAAUACUUUUUAACCCUUAAAGGGGUCAUGAAUUGAGAAAUUAAAUAUUUCUUCGCUUUUUUUGUAACAGGUCACUGUACUAUAAAAAUAUCCUGUAAGUUUCAGAACUCAAAACUUCCUUGUUAGUCCAAAACAAUUUUUAUUGCAACCAAGCUUUUGAUUUAGUCAGAUUAUGCCGUAAUAGUGCUAUGAGAGACUGUCUCUGCAGAAUCAGAUCAACGCCUACUUAAUGUCGUCGCAUCUUUGGCCCCGCCCACUGCCACAUUAGUGAGAUGAGAAGUAGAGAAGAGAGAUACAGGAUCACUGGACUAAAAAUAAUGUUACUUUCCGAAGGAUCCUAAUGCUAGGAAAGUUAUUUAUUUUCAACUAUGUGAAUGUCUUUUAUUUGUUUGUUCAGUACAAUUCACUGUGGAUUCUUUGGUAAAUCAGUCGCAAUUUCGGUGCAGGCUUUGCAAACAGACUUUUACUGUAAGAUAUGGAUCUAACGCUAAUGCCACAACAUGCAAGUAACGGUGUUAAUUCUAAUGCUUGAUCUUUGAUCACUGAUUUCUGAUAUGCAAUGAUGCAUGUACAGUCAGACGUUCUUUGUCUCAAAAUCGUUUAUUAACUUUUUUUUUGUCAGAAAAUCAAGCCAAUGACUAACCUGCCAACUUCACAUUGUUCCUCUUAGUAGCACGAGAAAAAAUAAGUUAUUUAAAUUGUGAUUAAACUAUACCUCCCUUUAUAAUUGCUGGUGCACACAACGUGAGCUUAUCAGUAACUGAGUUCAACUCUCGCCAAAACUCCCGUUAUAAUCGAUGAUGCUGUCUACACUGCACAAUAAAUCUCUUAUUUACAUCGUGUUUGCACUGUUAGUUAUGAUGAAAGCCUUCAUGAGUGCAGAAAUCGAGUUGCAAAGACAAGAUCACUGCAUUCAUGUGUUCAACAGACAUGUCUCUCGCCGCAACCUUGCAUGUUACAGGAGAGUGAGGAGACUAUCUAAAUAUGAUGCUAUAAUCAACACUUUCCAUGAUAAAUUAAUGUCGACAGCUGUAAUAGUAAAAAUGUAGAAAAAGAUUUUGAGAGAGUUCCACAUGUAUUACUUAUUUCAUAUGCAAAGAUGUUAGCCAAUCAUAGCUCUGGGUGUUUACACUGAAGUCUCACAGCAGACACGCCCCUUCUAACAGAGCGUUCAAAUCAGAGGGCUAAAAUCGGGGUAGAAAAAUGGCCUUUUGUUUCUAAAUUAUGACAAUUUUUGAUGUAAAAAUCAUACUUACAUUAUAAGUGCAACUCAGAAAACAUUAUAAAAAAUAAUAAAAUGCAGUUCAUGACCACUUUAAUUAUAAAUCCUGUCAAGUGCCACUGCAUGCACACAAUUUGUGAGUUAAUUUUGGGAUAUGAAACAAGGGCUUACAUCAUGUCUUACAUAUUUUUGACUAUAACUGAAACACCAACUUAACGUGCAAUUCAAUAGCUAUUUUAUAGACAUGUUUCUUAUUCCUCAAAUAUUUGUACUCUUUUAUUAUUAUUUUUUUCAUACCUCACUCCAUGUAGUUAAAAUUAUGAUUUGUGAAUUCAUUGAUUAUUAUGUAAUUAGUACCUUAAAUUGAGUUGUUUAUAUUUCUUCCUUAUGUAAAUUGAAAAAUUAAAAGCUUUAAAAGUUUGGGAUUGAUUUUAUGAGUCAUCUUAAUAUCAUAUAAUCACAUAUUAAAUCGAUAGUUAAGAAGAUGCCAACUUGAUACCAAAAAUGAGUCUCUCACCACCAGGGGAUACGUUUAUAUUUUUAUUUAUUUAUUUGUUAUGGGAAAAACAAUGACUUUGUUUAAAAAAGAAAAAAAAAAGGGCCUACUUAUUGAUGUGAAUUUUAUCAGGGAAUGGGCUAUUUAUUUGGCACAAGAAAUACCCUCUUAACUGUGUGGAUAUAAUAGUAGAUGUAAACAAUACAUUUUGUUAGACAGAAACUCAAGUUAUUAUAGUGUUCUUUCUUAGAUUUUUAAUAAGUGUUAAUGAUACUCCAUCAUCUACACAGUUAUGAACAUCGACUCUCACUGCCUUUCAGUUUAUGAAUACAUUUCGCCUCAGCCCUCCCUUGAAAUAAUGCAUGAAUAUGGAUGGGCUGUUGUGCCUGAGUCUGUUCAGUGCAUUGGACUACCUCCAACGUUGGCAUAAAACCACCAACGGCAGAGGAGACCACACCGUCCAGUCCGAAGCAUAAUGAUGGGAAGGAAUGACUCAAAAGGGCUUCUGAUCACCGAGAAGGGUCUGUCUAGCAUGUCUGCAGUGAAUGACAUGUUGCGCUCGUCCUAAACGCUCGUGCGUCUUUACUGACUGGCCAAUAUGUUGAGCCGACUGAUGAGUGGCAGCGAUCGGACUCUUGACAGGGAAUUCAACUGUACAGUGCGACUGUUGGACGACUCGGAAUACACUUGCACGGUUCAGAGGGAUGCAAAAGGUCAAUGGCUGUUUGAGCAGGUCUGCCAUCAUCUAAACUUGCUGGAGAAAGACUACUUUGGCAUCAGAUUUGUGGACCCAGACAAGCAACGACAUUGGCUGGAGUUCAGCAAGCCAAUUACCAAACAAAUGAGAUCUCAGCCACCCUACACUAUGUGUUUGCGUGUUAAAUUCUAUCCUCCGGACCCUGCAGCUCUUAAAGAAGAGAUCACUAGAUACCUUGUCUUCCUACAGAUUAAAAGAGAUUUGUAUCAUGGCCGACUCCUGUGCAAAAGUUCAGAUGCCGCUACAUUGGCCGCAUUUAUUCUGCAGGCUGAGAUUGGAGAUUAUGACCCGGGGAAGCAUCCGGAAGGUUACAGCUCUAAGUUUCAGUUUUUUCCAAAGCAUUCCGAGCGCCUGGAGCGCCGCAUUGCUGAGAUCCACAAAUCCGAGCUGAUAGGCCAGAGUCCUGAGACAUCUGAAAUGAAUUUCUUAAGGAAAGCUCAGUCUCUAGAAACAUAUGGAGUAGAUCCACACCCCUGCAAAGAUGUGUCUGGGAAUGCAGCAUUUCUUGCAUUUACCCCCUUUGGCUUUGUGGUGCUGCAGGGGAACAGGAGGAUUCAUUUCCUCAAAUGGAAUGAGGUGACCAAACUAAAGUUCGAAGGAAAGACAUUUCAUAUAUAUGCAACUCAUCAAGAGGAUCAGAAGAUCAUCUUGACUUACUUUGCUCCAACACCUGAGGCCUGCAAGCAUUUAUGGAAAUGUGGGGUGGAAAACCAAGCUUUCUACCAGUUUGAGAAAUCAAGUCAAGUUCGCACUGUGUCCAGUAGUAAUCUUUUCUUCAAAGGAAGCCGCUUUAGAUAUAGUGGUAAAGUAGCCAAGGAAGUGAUGGAACAGAGUGCCAAAAUCAGACGAGAGCCUCCAGAGAUCCACAGGGCUGGGAUGGUCCCCAGUAGGAGUUGUCCCUCCAUCACUCAUGGCCCACGACAGAGUAGUGUUCCCCGAACACGAAGGAGAGCAGUCCAUAUUUCCAUCAUGGAGGGUUUGGAGUCCCUGCGUGACAGUGGCCAUUCCACACCAGUACGAUCGGUCUCCAAUGGCAACUCAUUCCUACGCUCCCAUGGAAAUGGAGCCGAGGGAGGAAGCGGAACAGCUGAAUUUUCUGAGGACUCUUACAGUCCCUCUGACAGCGUGCUUCCCACACCAGUGUCCAACGACCCCUCAUACCAGGCUCAGGUUCGCCACACGAACGGCCCCCGCAGCAUGCAAGAGGAAGGAGGAACAGAACUCUGCACUCAAAACCAGGCAAGGCCACAGGCCGUUAAACCCAAAGGGAAACGUUCACUCCUGGAGAAGACACGGCCAACGCAACACGGCCCAGAGGAAGGGGUGAAUGAGUUCAUCUGUAGUUUGGCCCGUCUUUUCUUAGUGACCCUGGCUCUGCUCUUUGCCCUCCUUCUCCUUCUUAUUGUGCUAACAGAAUCUGAGCUGGACUUGGCCUUUCUUAGGGACAUCCGGAGGACACCUGAAUUCCAGCAGUUCCACUAUGAAUACUUUUGCCCCCUUAGGCGCUGGCUGGCCUGCAAGUUGCGCUGGGUGGGUGGGAAUCUCAUUAAUAAAUGACUGAAACUUGAGUGCAUAAGCACCCCUCACUGUCUCCUGAGAGUGUAGUCUGUAGUAGUCUGAGAGUGGGAUGUUCUAAGCAUUAAUAUCAUGGUACCAUGAAAUUACUAUUAUCUACAUAGCCAAAGCCGUGGACUUCCUACAAUGCCAAGAUGAAAAAACUGUAUGUUUCAGCUCUAGUUAUUGUAAAAUUGUUCUCUGCAGCAGUUGAGUAAAAAAAAAAAAAAGUAUGUAUAGCUCUUUAAAUGCUGCUGUAACCCACUCGUCUUUUACCUAUCAUUUAAAUAUAAUAUAUACACACUCAACCAGACUGUGACGAGUAAGACCUCAUACUGCAAUCAAAGACAAAGAUGCCUUUAUUGGUCAGACAAUAGACAAGACAGGCAUUAAAGGUAUAGUUGAAAAUCCCUCACCCUUAUGUUGUUCUAAACCCAUAAGACUUUGGUUAAUCUUUGAAACACAAGAUAUUUGUAGUGAAACCUGAGAGUUUUCUGUUCCUUCAUUGAAAGUCCAGGCAGUUUGUCAUAAAACAAAUCCAUAUUGAAUCAAGUGGUUUAAUACAAGUCUUGUGAAGACAUAUGAUCAUUUUAUAUGAUGAACAGAUUCAAUUUAGGCUUUCAUUUACUAAACAAUGAGUGGCACAUAAACAAAGCACAUCACAUAUGUGACCCUGGACCACAAAACCAGUCAUAAGGGUCAAUUUUUUAAAAUUGAGAUUUAUACAUCAUCUGAAAGCUGAAUAAAUAAGCUUAAGGAUAGGACAAUAUUUGAGCGAGAUAACACCUAAAAUCUGGAAUCUGAGCGUGCAAAAAAAUCUAAAUAUUGAGAAAAUUGCCUUUAAAGUUGUCCAAAUGAAGUCCUUAGCAAUACAUAUCCACUCACAAAUAUACAUUUUUUAUAUUUUUACAGUAGGAAAUUUACAAAAUAUAUUCAUGGAACAUGAUCUUUACUUAAUAUCCUAAUGAUUUUUGGCAUAAAAGAAAAAUCGAUCAUUUUGACACAUACAGUGUAUUGUUGGCUAUUGCUAGAAAUAUACCCGUGCGACUUAUGACUGGUUUUUGUGGUCCAGGGUAUAGUAUAUGGUAAACAUACAGAAGCUCAAAUGUGCAUGUAUGAUGUGUGAGAAUCAAUGAGAUCAAGAUGCACAUAAAAAACUUCCAUUUUUACCAUAUGUGACAUAUCUUUAUAUGUGAAUAAAAGCCUAAGUUAAAUCUGUUCAUCAUAUAAAGUGAUCAUAUCUCUUCAAAAGACUUGGAUUAAACUGCCCAAUUCGUAUGGAUUCAUAUCACAAUGCCUUUAUAUUACCUGGACUUUCAAUGGAGGGACAGAAACCUCUCAGGUUCUCAAUAUUUUCAUUUGUUUUUUGAAGAUUAAUCAAAGUCAUAUGACAUGAGGAUGAGUAAAGGAUGAGAGGAUUUUCAUUUUUGGGUGAACUAUCUCUUCAAUGUUGAAAGCUUGAGAGUGAGUUUGGAGGUUUUUUGGAUGAGGUAUUUUGUAAGUGUAAUAUGUUGGUACAGGGUGUAAAUUUGAUCCAUACCAUACUAUAAACAUGAUUGCGGGUCAAUGGUAUGGAUCAAAUCCAUUGACAGAGUUUUCUCUUUUAAUAGUGCUCCAGUGGUGUCUUGAGGAGAAUUUAUAACACUUUACAAUAAGGUUUAAUUUGUUAACAUUAGAUAUCAUGAACUCAUUAACUAUUUAUUCAUAUUUAUUAUGAAUUAACAAUGAAUAAUAGUACACUUAAGUUAACUUUACAUUAAGAAAUACUUUAAAAUGGUUGCUCAUUGUUAGUUCAUGAUACCUAAUGCAUUAAUAAAUUCAACCUUAUGAUAAAGUGUUACAUAGGAUACAUUUGUGUAAAGACUUUAACACCAAGGCAUGGGUCAUCUGGAAAUUUCCACUGACCUUUAACCAAUCAACCCAGAGCGAGAAAAUGCCUAUAAUUCUUAUUUCUAUCCCGUACAAAUGAGCACUGAUAUUUAGUGGAAGAUGGUGGCCUUGAGAUUGAAACGUUAUGAUGAGGGUGAAGAAAGUGCACUGGAUGGACAAAGUAAUGUGAAAUGUUUGAAAGACUAAACUAUUUCUGAAGAAAUCCUGAAUUAUCUAUAAUUUGUUCAAUUAUUUUUUUAAGCAUGCAUCAAUAAUUUGGAGACCUCAUUCUUCCACUUACACGGCCUUAAUUUUCAUAAUUAAAAUGUGACGAUGUCUUCUGUAGGUGAUGAUGAAUUUGUUUGAUUAUGAAAUGAUUUUAUCCGAAGGCAUAGUCUCAGAAUGGCUGAAGUGGUCAAUGCAUUUUCAGUUUAAACCAAAUGAUAAUAUUUCAUAUGACAGUUUCUAUUACAUUUCUGUUGCCUUCAUGUGACUAUAGUAAAAGGUUGUAUAGCCGUAAGACUAGAGUAAUUUAUUUUAAAUGACAAACUGAUGGUAGACACAAAGGUCAUCUGUGGAAGUAAUCACAUAUAACUAUAUGCACAUUUUUAAAUAUCUUUGGUAAAAAAAAAAAAAAAAAAAUGCUUAUGUCAAGAAAAUAAAAAUAAAGCCUAACUGGAACUCAAUGGUACUCUCAAAAUGUCAGGCCUGCAGCAAAUGCACACGUCCUGAAAAGAUCAGAAUCACAUUUGAAAACCCUAAAAUACAAGAAAGGAACAUAGUGUGGUGUAAUUCUUUUAUGUACUGUUGUGUAUCGCUGUGUGUAGCUUCAUAAAAUAGCCUAGUACAAAUA